AUGUCAGAAUACUGGAAAUCAACGCCCAGUUACUGGUGCAAGCACUGCAAACAAUACGUCAAAGACACCAAACUCGAGAAAACCAACCACGAAGCCAGUCCACGGCACCAAGGCAAUCUCAAGCGCUUCUUACGGGAUCUACACCGGGGGCACGAAAAAGACGAGCGAGAAAAAGACCGUGCCAAAAAUGAAAUCGCCCGUCUGAACGGUAUUGUGAGCGGAAGCGGCGACGCAGGAAGUUCCUCACAAGCAUCGCGGCCUAGUUCUUCGAUGGCGAAAGCCCCCGCGACGGCGGCGCAACGAAAACAACAACUUGCCCAAUUGGCGGAGCUGGGGGUGAGCGUGCCAGAUGAGUUUAGAUCGGAUUUGGCAAUGGCAGGUGAAUGGCAGGUUACUUCGGAGCGGGUGAUUGAUGAUGGGAGUGGGGAGGUGAAACCGGAUGCGCUGGCGUUGGGGGUUCGGAAGAGAGAAGCGGAGGAUGAGGAUGAGGAGGCGAGAGAGGCGAGGAAGAGGAGAUGGGGGAUUGCGAUUCGCACGUAUCCUACGGAGAAUAACGAUGAUGAUUUAGAUGCUUUAUUGAACCAUAGCAGUAAAGGCAAGGGUCCCGAUGUGAAGCCCGAAACGAACGAUGGUACCAAUAUAAAGAUGGAGAAAAAGCCCGAAGAAGGUGUGGAACUUCCAGUGGAUAGCAAAAAGGAGGAACCGGUUGUGAAACCCGAAACGGAGGAUGAUCUCCAAAUCGACAUAAAGCAGAUCCCGGAAGCCACAGAGCAGACCAGUGAGCCUGCAGCGUCAGGAGUCGUCUUCAAGAAGAGAAAAGCGAAGAAUAUUCGCCAACGAUGA